GUAUAUCCUUGAUUAUCACAAACAAAGUUGAAAAAAGAGAUAUGGAAACUACCAAGAGGUGUUGUCCGAGCCAUCCAGAACGACAGAUGCAAUUGAAGCCACAAGGGUCACCCUACAGAUGCAGUGGAUGUCGAGAGGUAGGGUUUGGAGGCAGUUACCACUGUGAAAACAAGAAGUGUGGUUACAUCCUCCAUGAAGAGUGUGCAACUGCUGUUUCCCUUGCCUUUCAUCGAUUUUUUCCCAGGAGCCACUUCGAGUUCUAUGAGAAAGCACCGGGGCACCGGGUCAGAUACUGUGAUGCUUGUGGAAAUGAUGUUCUAGGGUUUGUGUACCAUUGCUUCAGUACAGGUUAUGAUCUACAUCCAUGUUGUAUAAACCUGAAAGAUAGCAUUUCUGAUGAAGAAGGGCUUGUGUCACUCGAACUGUGUCAGAAGGUUCCCUCAAAGUGUGUCCAGUGUAAGCAUAGGAAUGUUGUGGAUGGAAUCAGAGGAUGGUCUUAUGUAUCUUCAGAUUCUGGGGGAAAAUGUUGUUACCAUGUUUGGUGUGUUAAGCAACUGAUUCUAGAGAAUUUGAAUAAGGGCUAUUUUAGUAAUGAAACCAGUUCAAUUGGGAUGAGUGACAGGGAGUACUCUCAGCUUGCAGUGAGAAACAUGGACAUGGUACGAAGUAGAAGAAUUUCGAGGAGGUUAGGGACAAUGAAGAAGUACACAAAGAUUGCUGUUUUGGUAUUUAAACUGGUAUUUUCAGCUGUGUUUGGAAACCCUAUCACUGCCAUUGCUUCUCUUGUGGAAGCCCUAGUUUCAGAUUAGGAGAUCCUACAAGUGUUGUCGUUUGGUUCUUAAAUUAUGGCCAUAAUCCUACAAGUGUUGAUUUGAUUUACCAUGAGUGCAGAUAUGAUGUUGAGUGAGUGUCACAUAGAGUUCAAAUUGUUGUGGUUUUUGAGAAUUUCCUGUAUUAAUAAAGUUCAAAUUCAAGCUCUGGAAGUUAUGGUUUUAUAGAAGAAAGUAUAUAUGUAUGUUUGCAUGAAAAUGUUGCAGGUCAUGCAAGCCAAUUUCUUAAUUGUCAAAGA